AUGUACGAGGUAGAUAAUGAUGACGGCUUUGUUGACGAGGUCGAGUUGUUGGACAAGAAAGAGCGGGCCGCACUAAACAAAGAGAUAAGACCAGUCAAAUUAGCACUUGUCAAAGUGCGCAAGCUUGCAUACAAGACCAUACAUUUGACAACUAUCAUCCUUCUUGCAUGGCAUGCCAUCCUCAAGGACUUGUCAAAACCCCAAACCCUCAUGCCACAUGAUGUGGCCACAUGGUGGAAUUCGACGUUUGAUAUGUUCGAUUACACACUUGAACAUUGUGAGGCCGUAGAUACCGUUACACAAUGGCGAGACCUCGGUUUACGGAAGUAUGAGUUGGAGGAUAAUGAGUGGGAAAUACUACAGCAAUUGUGUGAUAUACUAAAGCUCACAGACAGGUCUCACACAUAUCAGAUCUCCAUGGUGUUACAUCCCCAACAUAAGCUAUUAUAUUUCAAGGCAGCAGACUGGGAAGACAACUGGAUCCAAACUGCAGAGCAACUUGUGCAUGAGGAAUUUGAAUGUUCAUACCUGUCCCUUGAUGCUGACUCUGAUUUGGGGCAUGAGGCGGAUGUCUUGGAGUCAAAUGGUAAUAUAUUGAUGGUAUUUUGCUUUUUUGCUUUUUACUUAGUGUUUGUACUGACUCAAUCUUAG